AUGUCUCGUAGCACUUUCUAUGCUCAGCAGACGCUGAACCUCCACAACAAAUACGGCCUCUCGCAAAAUGCAAAAAUCCUCUUGAAAGCUCUGGAUGACCAUAAAUUUGGUCGUAUCGACCAGAAGGAGUUGGGACGGAUUGUUCGUCUAUCCAAUAGUAUGAGGAAGGCCAUCACAGACACUAUCACCAAAUGUGCCCGAAUCAUGGGCACCAAGGAAGGAGAGGUGAAGCACUGCGUUGAGAUCAUCCAAUCUUGCACAGAGAUCCUGGCCAUCGCUGAUCAGCCGCCACCGAUGGAGGAGUUUCCUUUGCUGAAACUUCCCACCGAGGUCCGCCAAAACAUUUACAAGCAGUAUCUGCGUAUGGCCACCCGGAAGAAGGACAGGAUCCUUGUGGGACACAGGAAGAAGAGCACCUGCUCAUGCGCUGGCCAUGAGCCUUCUCAAUUCCCGUUCCAGGCCCUCAAGUUGGCACUGGCACAAGCAUCCCGACAAGUCCGCGAUGAGUUCCUCCCAUAUUUCUAUGCGAAGAACACCUUCUACUUCCCAUGUGCAUGCGAUAUGCUGGAGAACCUGAAAGCCAACAAGAUGCUGCAACACCACAUCAGGGCUGUCAGAGUGCACUGGAAUGGCCCAGUCUCUGACACUGCCUUUACGGCUCUUGGCAAGUGCCCCAGGCUAGAGGAGCUCUAUCUCAUCAUCUCAAAGGCGACCACCAACAACUUGACACCGCGAGAAACGGAGAUGCUGAGCUACUUCACGGCACAGAAGCCAGCUCGCAUCUCAGAUUCCCUUGGCCUGGACGAGCUCAUCCAGAUCCGUGGCCUCAACACCGUCGUGGUUGGUCAUAUCCUCCUCAGGCAGGGCUCGCGACGGUCAGACGAGGACAGGGCAAACCUACAAGCCCUUCUCAGGGGAAAGUUGACGCUGCCUAAGGAUGACAAGACUGACUGGGACUAUGACGAUGCGACGAUGUCGCGUUUCGGCCAUGCUAAUUGGGCUGAGCGGAUUGCCCGAAUUUCCGCCUUCCUACUUCUGGCCGUCGUCGCGUUGCAGUACAUAGUCUCGGGCCGCGAUGACCCGUACAGAUGCAAGGCCCUCCUAACCGACGGCUCGUGGCCGCCCCAGGAUGACACCCAGGGCCAUAGACUGUUUGGGAAGUGGGAGCCCGACACCUGCCGCAUGCACGAGUACUCGCGCGACCAGUUCCGCGACUGUGUCGGCGGCCGCAGGCUCGUCUUCGCGGGGGACUCGACGACCCGCCAGGUCUUCUGGGCGGCGGCGCAGCGCCUGGACCACAAGAAGGCCGAGGUCGAGUACCUCGACCUCUUCGUCUCGGACAACCCGCAGCGCGACAUCUCAUUCGAGGCCGAGGGCGUCCAGCUCCAGUUCGUCUGGGAUCCGUGGCUGAACUCGACCACGCUCUUCACGCAGCUGGACCUGCUCCGCCGCGCCCAGGCCUGGGCGGAUGGGGGCACGUCCAAGGACGUCGGCGAGGACGAACCCGCCCUGGUGGUCAUGGGCGCUCCGGGACUGUUUUCCGCCCGUCACGGGGGCGACUCGUACCUCGACAUCUUCAAGCACAGCCUCGACGGGGUUAUGCGGUACCUGACCCAACCCCUCGGCCCAGGCGCCCUCGUGCCCAAGGAGUAUCGGGAACUGGAAAACCAGAUACUUCUGGCUCCCGUCCCGAUCCCGUCUUAUCAGAAGCUAACGGCGGAGCGCCGGGCGACGCUCACCCCACAGCGUCUGGAUCGGAUGAAUGAGUACUUGAGGGAGCUUCCUGAACCCGCCAGCUCUCGUGUCAUGUGGGCCUAUAACCAGAUGACUGACCACGUCGGAAUGGCUUUUGAUCAGAACGGGAUGCACGUCAACGAGGGCCUGGCUGAGCGGAGGAUCGACGUGGUGCUGAACGUCCGGUGCAACGCCGGGCUCGUAAAGCAUGGGUUUGCCAACAAGAGGACAUGCUGUGUGGGAUAUCCGCCACUCGCGACGACACAGGCACUCCUGCUCUUGACUGCAGCCUCCAUCAUCCCGGCGCUCAUGUGGGCAAGGCGCAGGAACCUUCGCAGCAUUGUUCCGUACCUGCCUUCGCAGUCGACGCUCAGCGCGUCCUUAACCCUCUUGGGCUGUGCCAUGUAUUGCUACUUCACCGAUCGGACCCAUGCGCUAGUGCAGGCCGAGAAACACUUCAGCGAGUUCACCCUUGCGGCUCUCUGGGCCGGGAUCUUCACGCUGAGUGUCUGCUCCCUCCGACGGACCACUGGUGGUUCCAAACCAGGUCCAUCGAAAGGGGGACUCGGGCCGAGCGAGGCUGAAGUCGGCUUCCUCUCUCGCCCGCAAUCCGAGGAGUGGAAGGGGUUGAUGCAGACCGGCCUCCUACUCAUGAGUUCCCAACAGACGUCGGGGUAUUUGUCACUGCAUAAGAUCACGCGCCUCUUCGCCGCGUGCUACAUCUUCAUGUCUACAUAUGGCCAUGCGAGGUACUUCCUAAGGACCGGCGACUUCAGCUUCCGCCGCGUCGCGGCGGUCUUGUUUCGCCUGAAUUUCAUGAGCUGCCUGCUCUCCCUGGUGCUGAAGUCGGACUGGACCGUCUACGCCUUCCCCUGGCUGAUAUCCUUCUGGUUCUUGGUCACCUUCGCCACAUUCAGGGUCCUCGUGCGGUUCGGCGACAGGCCAGAGCUGGACCUCGCCAAGUUCCUGGCCGUUGGCGUAGCCACCAAUAUUCUCCUCGUCGUGCCCGGCACCGUCGAGGCCUGCGUCCUGGUCUUCAGGAUUCUGGGGCGAGUCUCCCUUGAUGCCGCAGUUGUCAGGCGCCAGAUAUCCACGGACAGCGUCAUACCUUUCCUGGGGAUGCUCGUCGCUUGGGUGGCGCACCGCGUCUCGACGCUCAAGACAAGCCAAGCGGGAUCACGGCCCUCCAACGCCGUCGACAAGGUCCUCGCGGCGAUCUUCUUCCCCGACCGGUCCACGCCGCCGCUGCAGCCCAUCGUCGCCGCGCUCUCCCUCGCCUGCCUCCUCCUCUUCUUCUACGCCACCCAGCUCUCCUCCCGAUACCCGGACGUCGCCGCCUACGACAGGGCCCACGCCUACAUCUCCCCCGCGGCGGCCCUGGCGUACGCCGUGCUGAGGAACUGCCACAGGACGCCCCGGAACAUGCACAUGCUCCUGGCCUCGCCCCUGGGCCGGAUGGCCCUGGAGGCGUACCUGCUCCAGCACCACGCCUGGCUCGCCGGCGACGGCACGGGUCUGCUCAGGACGGGCCUGACGGGCCGGGCGGGUGGCGGCGGGGGCGGCGGGUGGUUCUCGCGCCUGGGCCGCGGCUCCGAGACCGUCCUCCUCACCGCCACGUUCCUCUGCCUGAGCUGGCUGGCGCACGAGGCCACGCGAAGGCUCGCCGCGGCGGUGUUCGGGGAGGGUUCGGCCGCGGCUGCGGCUGCCGCCCCAGGGAGCGGCUUGGAGGAUGGGAUCAAGGAGGGCUAUUACGAGGCCGGGCCGAUGGCCAGCGUCGCGGGUGGCCCGGCUCGACAGGCGGCGGAGAAGGAUGGCUCGCUCGGAAGCGCCGAGCGGGUCGGGAGCCGUGGGCCGGCUUGGCUGUCGCAGUCCCGGGCGCGGGCGGGUGUGCUGGUGGUGCUGCUCUGGUUGGGCAAUGUCUUUAACGGCUAG